AUAGUUAAUACCUCCCCCCGGUACAGAUAGUAACUGGAAAAUGAUAUCUUUACUGCUGCUGCGCCAGCAGCUGUCCAAAAAUUACAAGAUUUCGCUGAUCCGAGCACUGACAGACGGAAAGGUGUCACCCAAAGGAGGCAGUAUUCCCAGCGGAAAGCCAAAAGAAAGCCGACCGAAGGCACUUAAAUUUCCAUUCCAGAAGCCCCCACCAACGCCACUAAAAUUCCCCGUUGAGGAUGAGGAGGAGCAUCGAGCGAAGCACUUGCUCGAUGUGAUUAAGAAGAAACUAAAGAAAGAUCUAAUCGUCAAUGAUACGAACAAGAAAUAUGAGUUGAGCAGAUUGAAGCCUCUCACCCACUUCCCAGUGACGUCGGUCACAAGCACGUCCACAUUCCCCGUCAACCAGAUGCUGCUGGAGACCGAAGACGACCGGCUGGAGGAGGUGCUUCAUAAGGCUGCCAAGGAGGUGGAGAAGGAGACUCGCGGACGCAUGGCAGGGACUUGGCCAGCUGUGGCACAGAAACCAAAAGGUCCAGCUGGGCCAGAAGCCUCCAAAAGUGUACCUUCCCGCAAGGCAGGACCUCCUCCACCCAGUAAGCCACCACCGGGCACACCCCCGCCACAGACAAAGAAAACAUUUGGGCCACUGGCCGAUUCGGAUCGCAUCUUUACCAAUCUGUAUGGUCGUCACGACUGGCGCCUGAAGGCCGCCAUGAAGCGCGGCGACUGGUACAACACCAAGCAGAUCCUGGAGAAGGGUCACCUGUGGAUCAUCAACGAGAUAAAGACCUCUGGGCUGCGCGGGCGCGGCGGUGCCGGUUUCCCGAGCGGCCUCAAGUGGUCGUUCAUGAACAAGCCACCGGAUGGCAGACCCAAGUUUCUGCUGGUCAACGCGGAUGAGGGGGAGCCGGGCACCUGCAAGGAUCGCGAGAUUCUGCGCCACGAUCCGCACAAGCUGGUGGAGGGCUGCCUGAUAGCUGGCCGUGCGAUAGGUGCCAACACCGGGUACAUCUACAUUCGAGGAGAGUUCUACAACGAAGCAUGUAACCUGCAGUACGCCAUCCUGGAGGCCUACAAGGCUGGCUACCUCGGGCCGAACGCUUGUGGCUCCGGCUUCGAGUUCGAUUUGUACGUGCACCGGGGAGCGGGUGCCUACGUGUGCGGGGAGGAGACAUCGUUGAUCGAAUCCUUGGAGGGGAAGGCGGGCAAGCCGCGCAACAAGCCCCCCUUUCCGGCGGAUAUCGGAACCUUUGGCUGCCCCUCGACGGUGACCAAUGUGGAGACGGUGGCGGUGUCUCCCACCAUCUGUCGCCGCGGCGGCAACUGGUUCGCCAGCUUCGGGCGCACCCGCAACUCGGGCACGAAGCUCUUCAACAUCUCUGGCCACGUGGAGCGACCCUGCACAGUCGAGGAAGAGAUGUCGAUGCCCACGCGUGAGAUCAUUGAACGGCACGCCGGCGGCGUCAUCGGUGGAUGGGACAAUCUGCUGGCCAUUAUACCGGGCGGCUCGUCCACGCCCUGCAUUCCCAAGGAGGACGCCAGCAAGGCCAUCCACGACUACGACGGGCUCAUGGCCGUGCGCUCCUCCAUGGGCACCGGCGCCAUAAUUGUGAUGAGCAAGCAGACGGACAUCAUCAAGGCCAUCGCCCGCCUGGCCACCUUCUACAAGCACGAGAGCUGCGGCCAGUGCACACCCUGCCGCGAGGGCCUCCACUGGGUGAAUCUCAUCAUGCAGCGCUUCGUGACCGGACAGGCCAGAGUCGAGGAGAUCGACAUGCUCUGGGAGAUCACCAAGCAGAUCGAAGGACACACCAUUUGCGCCCUGGGCGACGGAGCCUCCUGGCCGCCCCAAGGCCUCAUUCGUCACUUUCGUCCGCUCAUCGAGGAGCGCAUCAAGGAGCGUGCAGCCUGCGAUGCAGCAGCGGCAGCGGCAGCCGAUUCCUAAUUGUCACGCCUCUCAUUAUUCCAUUUCUUUUGUUUUAUAAUAAU